AACUUGGUGACUUCUGAUUUGUCACUAAAGUACCUUAUUUUUAUAGGGUCACACUGAACAGCUGUUUUAUGUCAAUGAUUGUCAAACGAAUGAAUUCGUCGCAAAAUAUUUGAAUUUAACCUACAAUAUAAACAAAAUUCAAAAUCAAUUUGUUUUAGCAGUAUAAAUAGUCAUUGUUCUUAGAAUACAAAGUGAAAAACUUUUUUGUGCGUAUAAAAUAUUUGUGCUGUUUGUUUACCGUUCAGGAUGUCAAUAUUAAAAGGAAACGUGAAUUCUGAUGGCUUUCAUUUCUUCCACAAAUAUAUAAAUGAAAAUGAUAAGAACUUACAGUUUUGGGAUGACUAUUUACACAAGCUAAAGUCACUAGACUUCAAUGUGUACAGUGAUAAGUUAACAGUACCAAUUCUUGUACCCAUUGGGAACAAGAUACUUUUUAGGGGACACUUGAAACAUACAAAUGAAGUCACAGUGUCAUUAGGAGCAGAUUACUUUACUAAAUGUUCUUUGAAACAAGCAGAGGUAUUAAGACAACAUAGAAUUGAAGAUGCUCAAUCUAAAGUGGAAAUGUUUACAAAAGAAAAGGAAUAUCUUGAAAGUCAAAUAUCAUUUAAAAAUAAUAUGACUGAACAUUUAGGACAAGAGAUCAUAGAGGUACAUACAGAUGAGGAAGACAAAGCGUGGAGGGAAAAACAUAGGGAGAAUGUUAAAAAGUACAAAAAACAAAACCAAACUCAUAAGCAAACUACUAGUGACAUAACAGAUGAAGAACUAUGGGUCAGAUUAGAAGAAUUGGAACUACAAGAAGAAUUGGAAAAUGAAAUGUUACAUAUGGAUAAUAGAAAAUACAAUAAGGAUUCACCUAAUACAAUUAUAAGAGAAAUUGAAGAAUCAAAUAUUUCAUUGACAGAGAAAACAGAACUAAAAGAAAAUAAAGAUGAAACUGUAAGUAACAAAAUAAUGAAUGAUCCUAAACCAGUUCUAGAACAAACAUCAAAAUUGAAUAUAUUACAACAAGUAAUAGAUAAACAAAAUGAAUUGGAACAGAAGCUUACAGAACUCAAGUAUAAAGAAAGAAGUGAGACUAAAACUGAGCAAGAUUUAAUUGCAAGAUUAGAUGAAAUGGAUGAACUUGAUGACCUUGAAGAUGAAAUGAACAGAUUAGAAGAUAAUAUUUUGGAGACCAAUGCUUUGGAAAGUGAAGAGGAUAAUGAUGCUAUUGCAAAAUCAUCUACAUCAAUUAGAAAAGGUGUCUCCUUUGCUGAUGAAGAUGAUAGUGAAACUGUAGAUAUUGUUUUUAAACAUAGCACAGUUGAACCAUGUAAAGAACCAUACAACCCUGAUAAUGGUCUCAAAAAACCUAGUGAUAUCUAUUAUGCUUGUCCAAAUCUUUUUAAUGAAACCACAUCUAUUCUGAAGAAAUCCAAAUAUGAGUCUAAUAUAGACUACACAGGAGACACUGGAAAAAGUGUGAUUGGCAUGUCCAUACCUGAAUCUAAUAAGAUUCCUAUUAAUAAAACUAUAAUUGUUAAGGAUGUUGUGGAAAAAUCAAAUCAGUGUGAUAAUAAAAUAGAGAUUGAGAAUCGCCCAACAAGUCUUUUCAAGAAAAAAAGACUACAAAAUAAAUCAUAGUGAAGAUAAUAAGAAAUGAUAUAAAAUAAUUGACUAAAUUAGAUGUAAGGUGUAUAGCGAUGAUUGUUCUUUUACAAAAAUAUAAUAAGUAAAUAAUGUCAAUGAUUGUUAUUCAUUUUUUUUAUUAAUUAUUAUUUCAUUAAUUAUUUGCAAAC